UCAAUCAACUGUCAUUCAUGUCAUAUCAUAUUGUGUUGUGAGUUGAAGGUUAUGUUAUCGUUUACAUUUUAUAUUAAUAUUACCUUUUAUGUUAUUUACUGGCUUACGAUAAGUUAAUAAUUGGGCCACCAUGUCGCUAGAGGCGGCACGCGUGAAGGAGGAGUCCGAUACGAUGGCAGAUGCAGUUGUCAUUAAAGAGGAGGAAUUAAAACUAGAUUGUGUGGAAGUCCCCUAUGUAGCAAUUGAAGCAGCUAUUGUGGAUGUAGACUUUGAGUCAUCAGUCCCACCAGUGGUGGAGCUCCACAGCAAAGACUUCAAUGAGCCAGCUGUGUACUUGGAUGUGCAGAAUGAGCUCCUGAAACCGGAGUGUGUGGACAUGCCCUUGUGUUUGGGAGCAGACUCGGUCAGUCAGUAUGCUGAGAAUAUCAAGGAUGAGCUUGUACUGGAGCCGGAAUGUAUUCAACAUGUUAACACAGGCUUAACCAGGCUUCCUACAGAGAAAUUUAAUCCCAUUUUGACCGAUUGCUGGGUCCGAAUAGAACGCUGCGCGGCCGUAGAAAAAGCGGUCAAGAAACAUUUGGCACAGUUAUAUGUUGAAGAAAAUAGAAAGCAUACACGAAUGAGAGACAACGAAGACUUUUUUUGCGAAGAGUGUAAACGGAAUGAAAAUUUCGAGUUCUGUGAAGCAUGUAAUACGAGCAUACGAGCUCUUAAUCAGUUAAGGAAUUUGCGUGAAAAACGAUAUACUUGCGACAUAUGUUACGAAACAUUCGAACAACGUUACCUUGUGUAUCAGCAUAAAUUUUUUGAUCAUGGAAUAAUUUAAUGAUUUAAUUCUUCAAAUGAAGAAUCCGACAGGAAUAUUCCUGUCAAAUAUUAAAUAGGAAAUUUCGGAAUUUGAGGGCGCUAUAUGGCACCUUCUUCUUCUUCAACCUAGCGUUUUCCCGGCCUAGCACCAGGCUCUGCUUUUUUUUUUUUAUACUACGUCGGUGGCAAACAAGCAUACGGCCUGCCUGAUGGUAAGCAGUCUCCGUAGCCUAUGUACACCUGCAACUCCAGAGGAGUUACAUACGCUACUCAAUUUUCUCCACUUUGCCCGGUCUUCGGUCUCUCAGUUGUGAGAUUGUUCUCUUUCAUGUCCGCUAUCACGACCUCCAUCCAGCACACACUAUGUGGCACCUUAAGUAGAUAAUUAAUCAAGAUAAGAUAAUUACUCCGUUUAUUUAUUUAUUAAUGUAUAAUCAUUAUCUUAGUCAGUCACUGUCAGGCGACCAUAUAUGACUGUAGGUAGGUAACGGAGUUUAUGUAGGCGCCUCUAAUACAAUAGAUUCGGAUACAAUAUAAUACAAUAGUUUCAUAGACAAUAGAAACUCAAGUAAAUUUGAAAACUAAAGACUAACUUAGAUAAAUAGGUGUGUUUCACACAAAACGUGCAGUGCCUAAAAUUUGUUACCUAAAUAUAAUAAAUGCAAUUUUGUUAUA